GAAGCGCUGGCGAGCCACAGGCGCGAGGCGGCGGCGCAGGCGGCGGCGAGGGAGGUGCUGGAGAGGGAGGCGCGGGACCUGCGGGCCCAGCUUGAGGCGUCGCAGAGGCAGCUGGCGCUCCUGUCCCGCCAGCCGCCGCAGCAGCAGCAGCAGCAGCAGCAGCAGCUGCCAGCGCCGCUCCGCUCGCCCCUGCAGGCGGCCGCGACCACGCCCACCUCUGCCGGCAACAAAGUGCCGCGGCUGCCCCUCGACCGCUGCCCUUCCCGCGACCAAGACGCAGCCGAUUCGCCCGCGCGCGCUGCAGCGUCGUACAGAGCCAGCACCGGCGCCGCGCACUUCUCGCCCGCGCUCACGCCGCCGAGCAGCGCGAAGGGUGCAGGCCGCGCCGCCCGUGCGCACACGGCCUCCCGCCACGCGGCCUCCCUCGGCGCCGACACCGGCACGCCGGUGGCCGGCAGUGGCUGGGGCGCCGCCGCGUGCGGGGCGGGCGCAGGCAGCGGCGGCGUGCUGACGCCGCGCGAGCGCGAGUCGGGCAUGGCUACGGCGCGGUCUACGGCGAGCACCUGCUCCCUAGGCGCCGUGACGCCCGCGCCGCAUGGCACGGCGCCCGCGGCCCGCGGUUCGUCGUCUGCGCAGCGCCACGCCGACCGCCUUCAGUCGGCGCGCCUAAGGGCCGCGGGCGUCUUCUCGUCGCCGGCGGCGGCGCCGGGCGCGGCGGGGUCGCCGACGGCGGCGCUCGCCGGGUUCAAGGAGGCGGGCGUGGCGGGCGCGGCGCGGCAGCUGACGGGGGCGGCGAACCGGGGGAGCGCGGGGGGCAAGCCGGCGCGUCUCGGGUCGACUGCGCCCGCAGUGUCAGAAUCCGUGAGCGCCGCGGCGCCGGCGCGGGGCUCGCUGUCGGCGCGGCCCAGCGGCAGCACCUGGGCUUCGAAGUCCGUCUCGGCGGCGGCGCUCAUGGCGCCGGCGGGGGCGUCUGCUGCAGGCGCAUCGCUGCGCGCCAACGGCACCAGGAAAGGGAUUGGCGCAGGGACGGCGUUCCGGGGAUAG